GGCGCUACUGGUCGUAAGCUGCGGUAGCAGCAGCCGGAAGAUGGCUGAGUCCCCGGAGGAGGUGGCCGUGCUGGUGCAGCGGGUAGUGAAGGACAUUAACAGCGCCUUCAAGCGCAACCCUCACAUAGAUGAAAUUGGAUUAAUCCCCUGCCCUGAAGCCAGAUAUAAUCGAAGUCCGAUAGUUCUGGUUGAAAACAAACUUGGGGUGGAAAGCUGGUGUGUCAAAUUUCUUUUGCCAUAUGUCCAUAACAAGCUCCUUCACUACAAACAAAGGAAGCAAUGGCUCAACAAAGAAGAGUUGAUAGAUAUCACCUGUACCUUGCUGUUGCUGAACCCAGAUUUUACCACUGCAUGGAAUGUAAGGAAAGAAUUGAUAUUGUCUGGCACUUUAAAUCCAAUUAAAGACUUACAUCUUGGAAAAUUGGCACUAACCAAGUUUCCAAAAAGUCCAGAAACAUGGAUUCAUAGACGAUGGGUACUGCAACAUUUAAUCCAGGAAAACUCCUUGCCCAUUCUUGUGACUAAAGGGAACUUAGAAGCAUUACCCACAGAAAAAAUACAGCGGCUAGUGAAAGAAGAAAUGGAUGUUUGCUGUGAUGCUGCUGGACGAUAUCCAAGUAAUUAUAAUGCCUGGUCCCAUCGUAUCUGGGUGUUACAGAACUUGGCAAAGCUCAAUACAAAGAUUCUUCUUGAUGAACUUUCUUCCACUAAACACUGGGUUUCCAUGCAUGUUUCAGACCAUAGUGGAUUCCACUACCGUCAGUUUUUAUUAAAAUCUUUGAUUGUAAAAACUGGGACUGAUUGUAUUAUAAAGAUACGUGAUCACCCAACCAAUCAGCAAACAUCCAGUUUUCCAAAAGAUGAAGCAGAUGAUGGUGCAGAAGCUUUCUGUGUGGAAAAGCAAGAGCCAGAUCACCCGCUAUAUCUGAAAGAGGAGAUAGAGCUCUGCACUGAUUUAAUUAAUACUUACCCAGGGCAUGAAACAUUAUGGUAUCACAGACGUCAUGUGUUCUACCUUCAACACCACUUAAAUAAGAAAUGUCCACUUCCAAGCAUUUGGUCAUCCACUUCAAACAGUAGCGAUGGAACAGUUAAUAAUUCACAUCCUAAUGAUACAGCUGGUCAUACUACACAAGCCAUGGAUGUUGACAGCUUAACUGAAUGCAACAAACAAGGCUACAGCCAAGAAACCAAACGCCUGAAACGUGCUCCUAUGCAGGACUAUAUCAACGUGGAAGAAGAAUACAAGUUCAUCAGUUACGUUUUGUCAACAUGUAAGGAGGUGGACCAGGCAAGGUUUGCAGGUUCAUACAGAAAAUGGCUAGUUUCUUUUCUAGGACAGUGAAGAUCUUUUAAAACUCUUUAGGGUCUUUGUUUAGUGCAAUAUCCUCUUUUCUGACAGGUAUACUUAUGGCCCCUGGCACUUUUCACCCCUUUGUUGUCAGUGCUAAACUUCAUUUACUGAUGUUGGGUUUAGUUUCAUUUAUAUUUUUAAAAGCAGCCUUGUGUUAAUUUUUAUGCAUCUUUGUAGGAUAACCCCAUAUAAAAAAGAACUGUUUAAUGUUAAUAUAAAUGACAUGCAAAUGUUAAAGUACCUAAUAUAACUGGAGUAAUAGGAAAACAGAAAGGUAGAUCUACUGGUGAAAAAUGAUUUCAUUUCUAAAUACCUCGUCCAUAAUAAAUGCACCUAAUCAAAGUCAUUGGUCAGUGAAAACAAUGGAGAAUCAUUCAGUGUGACAGUGUCAGAAUGGUUUGGGUACAAACCUUCAUUUUACAAUUGCAUUGCAUCACUGCUCUUCUGACCUCUUUUCAUUUCACAUUUGAAUUGCUCCAAUAAUCUUACAGUCCUAUGACUUUUUAUUUUUUAUUAUAGUGAAAGUGGGAUAUGGCUAUGUGAAAUUGGAUAGUUGUAUAAAAAAGUCUACUAAACUAAAACUAAUCUCUCAAAAUAAGAACAGUGGUGUUUAGGGGUUUUCAUGAAUGUGGAGGCUUUUGGAGGUUGGAAGAUAUGGAAAUACAAGAAGAUGACCAAGGGACAAAACUGUAUCUAAUCUUAUUCCUGCCUGUUAUUUUCUUGGCACAUGCAGAUGCUCCAUUCCCAAAACACAUGAAGAUUUUCACACCUGGACUUUUAUUGUAUGUGAUGAUACAUAUGAUAGGUAUAGGGUGUGAUAGACAAUGCUGACUGUAUAUGUUAUCUUUGUAAAGAUGCUUCACUUAAUGCACAAUCUACCAUGCACUGGGACCGAUUCAUCUUCCAUUUAUUGCGAUAGGACCAUGUAAUGUUCCUUUGCAAGACACAUUUACAUCACUUGAGGAAGUGCAAUGCAGAACAAAAAAGAUUUGCUUGAUUCGUUUCAGUUUUCUUCAGGUUUUCCAUGUGAAUGCAAACAGGAGAGAAAAGAAUUGGAAAGCAAGAAAAAAAAGGUUCAUGAUGGGGAGGUAACUCCUUCUGUACUUGAGCUGGACUGAUUUUAUGAAGGCUUACAAAAAAAAACCCUAGUGAAAUAUGACUUGAAAUCCAUUUUUGCUUUAUUUUUUUAAUUUUUAAACUGAAAUUCAAGUUAGAUUUACUGCAGUUACAUAGAGGUAAAUUUAGUUAUUUAAUUUGGUUGCCCUUCCGUUAUAGAUGUAAGGUCAAAUUCUACCUUUAAAUUUGCAUUUGUACCUCCCAGGGAAAGCAUUUGGGAUUUUAUAUGCAAUAAAACCAUAUUCCAGAUCUGGAAUUAAAUUGCAGAGAACUUCUGUAUUUUAACCUUUGCUUAUAGCUUGCAAAAUGCAGGGUUUGCAGGAACAUAACCGGAAUGACUGUAGAAAAGUAUAAUUUUAUGAUUCAGAGAAAUAAUGGAUUAACAGUUCCAUUAGAAAUGGAAGAACAAACAAAAACCUGCCUUUUACAGCUGUGAUUGCAUAGUAUUAGGGACCUGUUGCAAGCAAACUGGAAGUUAGAUAAAAGCAUGGUUCAUAGCAAAACUCUCUUCUGAAAUGUGAGGUUGCCUAGAAACAUAAAUUGAAACAAAUAUAUUAAAAUUAAUGAUAGGCAUUUAUAAAAGCUAUAAAAGAUCUUUACUUAGAAUAUAGAUGAAAACUUGUGAAGUUGUAUUAAUUGAGAAUCCAUUUUGUGAACACUAACUUCACUGGUUCCUUUGAAGUCUCAGAAUGGGAAAAAAAUGCAUACAAGAGUCACAUUUAUUUAACUAUGCCUCUGGGCGCUAGUGAUUAUUACCAUACAUUAAAAGCACCUAGCACAGCUCUGCAGUACUAAGUAGCAAUAUAUUAAGCAUUUAGCAUGUCAGAAGUCAAAAUACUCAGACCUAUUAACUGAAUCAGGACACUACUGAGGAAACACCUGAUCGCCUUAGCCAAUGCCAAGUAUUUCUUCAUAGAAUUUGUUAAAUUUGUUAAUACAAGCACAGUGUAAGCAUCAGGCUGUAAAAUUCAUGGGUGUUCUUAAGGCUCCAGGAAGUGUUACAAUGCAAUCCUAAUUCGAAAAUGUGCUGAUUGGAGGUUCUGAGAAUGAGGCACAAAGUGCCUCCACUGGGAGGAUACAAAUAUUUUAUUUUAUUCAUUUUACAUCCCAAGUUUUGUUCCUCUGCAAGCAAACCAACGAAGUAGUUAUGCUAGCUGAGUAAUAGUCUAAGUUCUGCUUACAAUGAACUGAAGAAAGGUAAAGUUAAGUUGUUCCAUGUUCACUCCAUGUCAUCCACAGUGCUGGCAAAGGCAGAGUACAGCCUCAACUGAUUACCAAUAGACUGAGUUCAGUAGGAACUCUAUACAAGUAAUCUAAGUCUCAUAUACAUAUUUAAAGGUCACCACCUCUCCCCACUCCCCCCCAAUGGCAGAUGUUAGGAUACACACAGUUAAACCAGCCCCUUUUCAGCUCAGUUGGCUGUUUUGCUUACCUGUAAUUGACUGCUCAUCUGCUGUUUGCUGUAUUGCAUCACAUUUGAACAGCCACAUUUUUAUUUUUCCUUAUGUAACUGAUAAGAUGCUAUGGUACCUUUUUGCUAAAUAUAAACUGCAGAUGUUUGUGGAUAUCAUGGUGUACUUCAAAAAUUAAAAUCCCUUUAAAGAAUAUGAAAUUAGGAAAUCAACAUAAGCAGACAACCAUCAAGUACGGAAUGCAUCAUUAUUUAUGUAAUGAUCUAGAAAUUAACUCUUCAUCUCAGAUACCUACUUAGAUAUAAUUGCAGUUGUAGCCCAGGUACUAAUGAAAUACCUGAACUUCUACUAGCCUUUUGUAUCAUUUUUUUAAAUUUAAGCCCUGCCUUAAUGAUGUUUGCAUCAUAGUAACAAGCUAUUAAAGAUUUUUUUCUUUUAUUUUUAAUUCUCUAUUCUUAAAACAGUGGGGAAUGCCUACUAUGAGUGUUUCUCAGUAGGGAUAAAUAUGCUUGUCUUAAUGAAUAAAGAAGUAUGGAUUGAAUGGUUUCACUGUGUGAAUGUAGCCAACACCAAUAGAAGCCAUUGAUUUUGAGUUGUAUGUUUGUAGCAGUUGUUGAUCUGUUUUCCUCUGCUUGUUACAACUGACAGUGUGUGUAUACUUUGUGUUUAAAUACAGCUUUGUUUUAAUGGAAGAGUUAAAGGAGUACUUAAACAAUCUGCUUAAGUUAUUAUGAGCUGUAUUGUUAGCUCUAUGUAGCAGGUUUAUACAUAAGAAGAAAUACAGUUAUAUAUUGUGAUAGUGUUAAUUUGCCUUAUACCGUAACAUCUGCUUUAAGCCUGCAGUUCAUUCUCUCUCUCUGUCUUAUACAGAACAUUAUUUGCAUAAUAUGAUUGGUUUCUCCUUAGUUUAUCUUUUUAAUAAUGUAGUUUGUAACUGUUCUAAGUAAAUAAAAUUGUCUGCCAGUAUUAGGAAAUGACUGGUUGUUAGCUGUUCAGUUAAAUCUAACAGGAUGGUUUUGAAAGGUGCUUUGUGGUUUCCAUUGAAAAUAGCAUUUUUAGAUAAUGACAAGAACAAAAGUAUUUAAUUCCAUUCCAAGCUAUAAUGCAUUUUUGCAGAGCAUACAAGUGAGCCUGAAUUUUACAACCUUUCUAAUGCCAAAAAUUAGACUGUCAGCUUAUAUUUGUUCUCGGUGUUUGAAGUGAAAGAUGGAUGUGACUUAUACAAGCACCUAGACACAUUCCCUCAAAUGAGAGCAUUUCUGUUGGAUUUUAAACACUUUUUAAUAAAAAGUGGGGGGACCCAGUACUCUGAAAUGUUUUAAAGGCAGCUUUUAUUAGAAAACAAAGCCAGUACACGUUGAUGAGACAUUUUUCUCUCUUGCUGUGUUUAAUAUGUUGUGUCCUAAAUUGUUUCCUUCUUGAAGAGUGUGGUGUUACAGUGGGGAAAGUGGUCUCUUAUAGGUAACACUUGACUACCUCCCAAAAACAAGGAUAAGGCCAUCUCUUCAGAUGAGUUCCUUUUUAUGUAGAACCUCAACCUUGAGGUUUAAAAAGCAGGAACUAUAGGAAGCCCAAGGUUUCUCUUAGGAAACCCUUGUUUCAAAUAGUUUUAUAAGUCAAAAAGCUUUAGUGCCUGGACUUCAUUUUUCCAUUUCCAUAAACUGAGCACUAUGCUGUUGUCAAAUGAAGGAAAUGGGGACAUGUGGUCAAUUAAUCCUUUCAUUACAUAGCAAAGUCAGUAGUGAAAAUGGACUCUUCCCUGUGAUUUCUAGUUCAUAAUGCUAUUUUACUCAGGGCAUAGAUUAACUAGUGCAUUAGAUACUUUUUACCAUUAUGUGAUCUACUGUUGUAAAUACUUAAAUGCCUAAAAAUGGCAUUUUAUCAAUCUAACUUUCUAACUAAUGUAGCUGGUUAAUGGCUUUUUAAAAAAAAACUUGUUGCUCUUGUUCUGAAUACAUACAGUUUACUUUGCAUUUGACACAACUUAUUUUGUGUAUUAAGUCAAAAUAGCAGUGGGCCCCAUUAUAGGUUAAGUAUCGAUCUCUUUAUCCUAGAAGGUUCCUCAAAGGAAGACUUGGGAUUAUGUCUUACUUAAUAGCACAGAUUAUUAAUUUCUUCUGUUGCUCUACAUAACAUCUUAGCUGAGCAUGUCUUCUGAUACCAAGGAUAUGAAUCUCAUAUAGAUUCAAUAUUAUGAGGCUGGAGAUAUUAUACUCUUCUUGCUAGGUAGAUACUUGUGUGUAUUUAAUACAACCAGUUAUUAGGAACAUAUUUUUUAAUAUGGGGCAUAAUCCAGUCAAAUUUAAGCAUAUCAUACAAUCAUUAAUAUUUCCUCAGAUGUAAAUCACAAUGUUUAAUGAGUUUGCUCCCAAAUAAAUAUACAUAGAAUUGCAGCUUAGGGUACAUAUAAGUCCCAUUUAUUACUGUACUCUAUGAAAGAAAGACUUUUAAGAGUGCUAAAUAGUCACACGUACUCAGAAAUAAAUCCCAUUGAGUUCUACCAGACUAUCUUGUCUGUGAGUAUAGAAUAGUACCGUAUUGCAUUUAAAGAUUGGUUAGAUUUACAUUUCGAAAUGAGUGGAAAAUGUUCAGAUAUAAAUGUGGAAUUAAAACAAGUGCAGAAUUAAACACAGUAGUAUAUGGUUAUGUGCUUUUAAAAAGCAUGUUUAUUUCCACUAGGUAUAAACUGAAUGCAGCUUACAUAAGUAACAUUAAACACUAGUGGAUUAAAUGUUCUUUCAUUCAUUUCUUCGAAAGUUUAAAAGCUUUUUCCUGGAUUAUUUUGUUGGAUUUUUUUUACUUUGUGAAAGACCCUGUUUCCUGUCUUAGUGUCAUUUUAGCAUUAAUUUUCCAACAAAACUGUUUUCAGUUUAUAGGUUCUGUUGCUCCAAAGUAAUCAAGUAGAUUAAUACUAAUAGGAGAGCUCUUCAUAUUACACAGACAGAACAAAGCAAAACUGAAGCCCAGAUAAAAAGAAACCAUUGUUUCCCGCUAUGUAAAUUGAGGUGUGGUGAGCCAUGAAUUCUUUUAUGAGGUUAGAACAUUUUUUUCUUUUUAUUUCAAAUAAACCACAGUUCUCCACAAUGUUCAGUUUUGUUUAUUCUGAUCCUGGCUUCUUACUAACUCCAAUUUAAGCACAUUGCAGUUGUGCCAGUCUCCUCCUCUGGCAGUGAGAGGCUAGGAGGCAGUCAGACAUAAGACUUCCUGUGCUUUUCGAUGUCUCAUAAAAUACAUUGUUCCCAAUCAUUUCUGCAUCAGGCUUUUUAAAUCUUCAGUAGUGAUGUGGGAAUGCAUUCUGCCACUUUCAUCUAAAUACGCUAAUACAUUUUUCAUUCACUGGAAAAAAGUGACCAAAUGAAAUUGAGUGCAUAGCACCAAAAAUAAAAGUCUAAACGGCUAACUUAUUGUUCUGUGGUUGAGAUGUAAAGAAGGAAUUGAUCUUCUAGCUUCUGCAUUUUAUUGCAAUAAGUGGUAACAAAUCGUUAAUAAAUUACUUGCAGCAUGUUAAUUUCAAUUUGGUUUAAAACACUACAGUUUGAUGCUCUGAACUUGUUUACAUUAUAUCAGUAAUUAAUAAAUAAUUUAUAAACUUUCCAUUCCAGUACAGUGUAAAGCUAUAUCAAUGCAGGUUAUUGAUUUAACUGUGGUUCAUAUAUUCUUAGUGAUACAAAUUUGUGAAUGGCUGUUACAUGAUUCUAAGAUUGCCGAAUUUACAUUUGGCAAAAAUGUAAGUGAAAAUUACAAUUCACUCUUAGAGUCACUGUUUACAGUUACGUUCUUAUUCUGAUGGCGGUGGGUUUGUGUAUGCAUUUAAUUUUGUGUUAAAAUUCAAAAUACGUUAUACUGCCCUAAAACUGUUGGAUAGUACAGAGAAUAAAUUAAGUAAAUAUUAAUUAGUUUGUUUCCCUGCUGUAGAUUCCAUGUAUUCUGGAAUUCCACUGGUCUGCAAUUAAGGAAAGACAAUAUCCGUGAGUGAAGUGCAGAGUGGUAGCUAAAACGUUAAUUUGUGUUAUAGUUACCCAUCCAGCCAACUACUUGUGAAUUUCUCUGGAUAGCCUCAAACAAACUAUGUUUUCUAUCCAGAAGAAAAAGCAAGAGGAAGCAUGUAAAAAAAAAUUGCAACAACUCAUUUUAAGGUUUAGAUCAGCUGAGAUAUGCAUGCUUGCUCAGCGUUUCCUGCUGAUAAUUGUGAUAGCUUUAUAAUACUUGAUCAGUCUGAAUAGUUAACUAAGUUGACUAAGAGUAGCUUGCAAUCUUCACAAGCUAGUGAUUAAGCCACAUUUUGAAAAAAUAGAAGAUAUAUAAUAUACUUGACAAACAAAUCCUUGUAGUCAUAGUAGUUUUGAGGCAACGAAGAAUGUACUAGGUCAGGCAUGGCCUCUUCUUUCUAUGCUGCACUUCAUUUGCAUUAACUAUUGAUCAGCUAUAUUUAUAUAUAUUUUAAAUAGCACUAGUUGUUACCUAAAAUACUGACAUGGGUUUUGGAUGCUAAUAGACACCUUGAAAAGCAUUUUCUUUUUUUUAAAAGUACAGUUUAAAAUGAAGUUUUUUUUAGGAUGAGUCACUAAACAAAUAGAUUGAACAGUUUGAACAAACUACAGAAGCAAUUUGAAUUCAGCUUUUUGAUCUUGUCCCAGCUUGUACGUUUUUGUCAUUAUUUACUGCAGAAAAAUAUAGGCAAAUAUGCCAAACUGCUUCACAGAAGGAUCAAUUUCUGAUGCAAAAAUAUGGUUAAAAUUACUAUUGGCAUCAGUAUUAAAUCAAAUGCAGUGAUGCUAUGAUGACAUGAUGCAGUACAAAUAUAAACCCUUUUUAUGCUACAGUAUUGCUUAGUAGAAGCCAUUGUGAUACUUUGCACAAGUGUGCAAUUUCUUUGAUUUUGCCAUUUUCAAACUACAUGGUACAUAUUUUGGUGCAAUAAAAAUAAACUUUUAUAUCUGCUCUCAUUGUUUUUAUUGCUGCUAUAAUUUAGAUUUAAAUUACUGUACUGUAACUACCUAGAAACACCUAGUAUUUUCCUUAUUCAUUAUCACUUUAUCCCAGCUUCUUUAUAGAUUUGGCAUCUUUUAGUUUGCAAACUGAUGCUUAAUUUUGUGAUUUUAUUAACUUCUGUGUUUACCUGGAGAAGAGUGGAAACUUCAUUCUGCUUAAAAGAUUGUGCUAGCUGGUUGUUAUAGUAAAAGUGGAUGACAACUACCAGUGUCCCACGUGUGCCCACAAUGUAGGAGUUUGGAUUUCUGUAUGUUAAAAUAAUUUUUUUAAUUUUCCUGAUUAUAUCAAGCUGCAUUACAGACUGGCGCUUGGAGUUCUUUCCAUCCCUAAGCAGAUGUCUUCCAAAUGUAAUAGGGAAAAUCACAGUAGUGACAAAGGCAUUGAGCAGCAAAGUGAAUUUUCCACUUAUUUAUCAGUAUGUUUGGGUGUUUAUGGGGAUUUUGUAUGUGUUUAUAUAGAAUGUUCUAGUACUAAGCACAGUGAUAAGUUAUUGUAUUAGUGUAUAAAAAGAAAAAUAGUGUACUUUUUUGGUUAAAUAUAGGCAAUUUUUAAAUAAAUUUUUAUCCUAGAA